AGCCCCGAACACUGUCAGGAACACUAUACCCAAAGUUUAGGAGCAGCACUCACUACUCUGCACAGAGCGCACGAGCGCGCUUGCUUGGUUGUUGCUAGGAAACCGUUGUAACUCCGUGUACAGGGAGCAGGAGUUUCUCUGAAGCCGAGCGGCCAUUUCACCUAAACCCACCUUCCACAGGGCUGUGACCAAAACGAACCUAAAAUAUCCCCUCAUUACAGGAACACUCACUCAUCAUCAUCUUCAACAUAGCCGAUCUUGUGCCAUGCCGGACAUUGAAGUAUUGAAACGUCCUUCAAGGGAAGGCAGAGAUGAUUUGCAAGAUCGUGGCGAACGUCAGAGUGUGUUCUCCAACAAAACAUGUGAGUUAGCAAACACUGCAAGACCAUGUGUGGGUAAAGCGAUGUACCACAUCGAGGAACUAACAGACAAACUAGACCACUGGGCCCAGGAGGUAGCUACUAAACACCACUAUAUUUCUGAUAGAAAAAACAAAACCAACAGCACCUUAAGGGUUGAGUCGACGCAUCUGCAAACUGAGCUAUGUGUUGAAGGCGUGGGAAUUUAUUAUGAAAAUGAAACGUCGUGUCCCUUCUGGAAGGGGACAGGUGGCGUUCUGCUGGAGGUGGUGUCACUUAUCAGGCGCCUGGAGUCAGAUCGGCAAGAAGCCAAGGAGGCACUGCAAGAGGAACGGCAUAAAGCACAGCGUCUGAAAGGAAAACAGGACAGUCUCUCUCUGUGGAAACAACAACAGUUUCCUGUGGCGGUGCAGCUAGAAUAUGAAGCCUGCAGCAGAGACAUAACAGAGCUGAGAUGGCAUCUUAAAAUAAAUAAUGGUCGAAUGCAGCAAGUCAGAGGCAUGCUGAAGCAGGCCGAGAGGAAAAAUCGUCAGCUUCUUGAGAAUAUUGAUUUUGUAAAAAAACAGGUUCCACUCGUGAAGGAGAAAUUGUGCUUGGAAAAUAGAAACACGAAGCAGAUAGAAUCAGCUCGUUCGGAGGUUAGUGAGGUGCUCAGGAAGUUGACCCACGAGCUGAGCAAAUCCCAGCAGGAGUUGGAGAAUGAUGAACUGCAGAUGAAUAACGAAAGAGACUCCAUGACACAGGCACUCAAAAAUAUCCGGACACAGCUUAAAGAGCAAAUCACCGAACUCCAGCAGCUGAAGGCUUCCUGGGAUGUUUCUAGUGCUAUAAUUUGCGAGACAGAGGAAAAGUCUGCGUUGAAGGAUAAACAGGUUGAGGCCAUGCUCCAGCAGAUCCCCACACUAGAAACACAAGAGACCGAACUGAGCAAUUCUGUUGUGGAACUAAAAGCAAAACUACGAAGUCAUGAAAGAAAACUGUCUGACAAAUAUGCUGACUUUACAAAUUUUCUAAAGCAGAUUCAAACAACUAGGCUUGAAGGAGAAGCAACCGUCUGCCAGUCUGAGGAGAUUUUCAGCAGGAAGCAUCAGGAGCUCUUGCACCUGCGUGAUAAAAAUAAGGAACAUGAAUUAGAAGCAGAGGAUUAUAAUAAGAAGAUCUGUCAAAGCAAAAAGGCAGUGCAGCAGCUGCAGAAGGACCAAAAGCGGAUACUAGAGAAGAUCAGUGAGAAUGAGGAACAGAGGGAUCAGGCCAAGGGUGAGCUGGCACUGCACAACACUCGCCACACUAACACCAAGGCUCAGCUGGAGGACCUGGAGCAUCAGACACUUGUUCAGGAGCAGAGCAUGAGGAAAGAGACAGAAAUGAUGAAGUUGCAGCUGAUAAGUGAGAUGAAGCUGGUAGCAGCACUGAAGAGUAACAUCGCCUCAAUUAUAAAGGAAUAUGAAGUGACAGAAGCUGACUUUGAGCGAAAGACAGACGAGGUGGUGAAAGAACACGAAGAGGCCUCAACUACCUUCGCUCAGCUGGAGACAGAGAUGGUUAAACUGCGAGAAAUACACACAGCCAAAUCUAAAGAAGUUGAGGACUUGAAUAGGAAAUUGAGUGAUGUCCUGACUGCACACAAAACCCUGUCUGAUGAUCUUGAACAGCAAAAGCAUGCCUGUCUCGACCGUCUACGUUCAGCUAACGAAGCCCACAAAACAGUCUUGGUAAGAUGUGAGCAUGUUUCCAGAAGGUUAAAGGAACUCAGACUGAAGUGUGAAGAAUACAGGAAACAAUCUGAAGAAAUGGAGGAUGCGCUGACUGCCAUGCCGCAGAUCCUAAAAGAACUACAGAGUGAAUCUGACAAUAUGGAGUAUAAGCACAACCUAAUCAGCACAGUGAUGUCUAGCCUACAGAGUGACACAGUGGCCUGCAGAAACAGGACAGACCUUUCAAAGGAGGCUCACUCGUCCCUCCUUGUGCAACGACAGGCUGCAAUGCAAGACCUGAAGACUAAUUUGAGGAAAGCUCUAAAAGAGAACUCAGAGUUGGCGCAGGAAUACAGGGAGCUGCAGAAAUCCACGAUGGUUGCCAAGCGAGAAGCUGCGUUCACGUUGAGUGAGAAAAACAGAGCCGAGGCCUCUUUACACAAUCGCACACAGCUUUCAUUGUUGCAGAGGAGGAUGCACAAAGCCAUGCUGAAAUACUUCAAACACCGCAGCAUCUACAGCCAAGCAGAGCUGGCCCACUUCCAGGCCCUCUCCAACCAGAACAAGCAGAAAAUGAAAGCCCUCCAGGAGGACUUGUCCAGAGCAAUCCAGCGCAUCUCGGCCUUCCUGAUGGACGCCAGGCACGACGCCAUGCCAGGCAAACAGAGGCGCAUGGACCUCGAUGGACUUAACAGGCCGAUGCCUACGGUGCAGAUAGCAGAGUAAUUGGACGCUCACCUUUGUGCCAGACAACUCACUUAUAACCCUCUUCAAGCGUGCUUCACUCUCUCCACCCUCUCUGCUCCUCACAGCCCAAUCCAUAACAAUGAAACAGGUGACUUUCAUGCUGCUGUCAGGAAUGAUCUAAUUUUAGCUGGGUGAAUGAUUGCAAUUGGCUUUGCCUCAUCAGAUAAUUAAUCUAUGUCACCAUUAAUUGGAAAAGAGAAUAAUUACAGGGCUGUGUUGACAGAAAUUCUACGCUUCUCCACAUUCCCGGAUCUAAUUACACCUACUAAAAUCUUCCUGACCUUAUCCCUUGGUUAGUAUACCUGCGUAGUCUUAACCAGCGCAUGGCCGAAGUAUACGCUUCCACCCUCACCCUGGAUCUCUCGCACUCUCUCACUCUCUCCUGCUCUCUCUCGCUCUCUUACUCUUUUUUUUAGUUGUUUAUUCCCUCUUUUCUUCCCCCGUCUUCCCGUCCUGCAGAACUGUCUCUCUCAAUCACUUUUCAAUAUUCAAUCUUAAUUUUGUGGAAGUUUAGCAUUUUCAAUGAGCUGGAGAUGAAUGAUUAAUGAAUAAAUUUAAAUGCUUCAUUUUGUCCAUGGAUCAUUAGUCAAGUCCUUUGUGGGAAGGACCUGCAAAAAAAAAAAAAAAAAAAAAGA